AUGAUGCAUCCUGGUGUAGUCACCCUCGUCGUCAUCUCCGACAUGGUUUGCCCUUGGUGCUACAUCGGCCACCGGGAGCUCAAGAAGGCCCUCGAGGACACCAAGCACGACUGUGCGGACAUGACGAUCAAGAUCGAGCACCGUCCGUUCCUCCUCCACCCGUCCAUGGGAGAGGAUGAGUUCGUGGAAAAGCUCCCAUGGUACUUGGAGAAGUUCGGAGAGGAGAGAGUGGCCCAAAUUCAAGACAUGGUCGGGACGCGUGCAAAGGAAGUUGGGAUCGAGAUCACGUUCGCGGGCAUCAUGGCCCAGACUAUCCGAGCUCACCGCCUGAGUCGCAAAGCUUUCGAGCUUGGCGGUUCUGAGCUGCAGGAGAAGUUCAUCGAAAGGAUCUUCCACGAAUACUUCACCGAAUGCAACAACAUCGGUGAUGUCAACUUCCUCGCAGGUUUGUCAGAGCAGGUAGGCGUAAUGCCGAAGGACAAGGCAUUGGCCUUCCUCAAAUCGGACGAGUACCAGGAGGAGAUCCAGCAGAUGGCAGCGGAGGCACGCAAGAAGGGCGUAACUGGCGUGCCCUUCACUAUCAUCAACGGACGGUGGGCCGUAAGCGGCGGCCAAUCAGCCGAAACAUACGCACAGAUCUUCCGGAAGUUGGCCGGCAAGGGACGCUUGCAGCCGAUACCCACCGCCCCCAGCUGCAACAACGAACGCAGCGGGAGCCACGCAUGCGCAACUAAGUCGUGA